AAUUCGGCAUCUGGAAUGGCUGUUAAUGAUGAAUGUAAGCUGAAGUUUUUGGAACUAAAAGCGAAGAGAAACUACCGUUUUAUUGUGUUUAAGAUUGAGGAAAGGAUUCAGCAGGUGAUGGUGGACAGGCUUGGGAAACCUGAUGAGAGUUAUGAAGAUUUCACUGCUUGCUUGCCAGCCAAUGAGUGUCGCUAUGCUGUCUUUGAUUUUGAUUUCACAACUGAUGAGAACUGCAAGAAGAGCAAAAUUUUCUUCAUUGCAUGGUCACCUGAUACCUCAAAGGUGAGGAGUAAGAUGCUAUAUGCUAGCUCCAAGGAUAGAUUCAAGAGAGAACUUGAUGGCAUUCAAGUGGAAUUGCAGGCAACAGAUCCAAGCGAGAUAAGCAUGGACAUCAUAAAAGGACGAGCCCUCUGA